AUGGAGGACCAUCAUCAUCAAAACCACCAAGUUCAGUACGGUAUAGCGCAACCAUCUCUUCAUUUCUCAUCUGAUCUCUUCGGCUUCAACCUCGUGUCGGCGCCGGACCAGCACCAUCGUCCUCAUUUGACCGACCAUGAGAUAAGUUUCUUGCCACGUGGUAUACAAGGGCUUACGGUGGCUGGAAACAACAGUAACUCUAUAGUAGCGAGCACAAGCUGUGCUCGUGGUGGGUUUAGUGGCUUUACCGACGGUGGAGGAACAGGGAGGUGGCCGAGGCAAGAGACGUUGAUGUUGCUGGAGGUCCGAUCUCGUCUUGAUCACAAGUUCAAAGAAUCCAAUCAAAAGGGUCCUCUUUGGGAUGAAGUUUCUAGGAUUAUGUCCGAGGAACAUGGAUACACUAGGAGUGGCAAGAAGUGCAGAGAGAAGUUUGAGAAUCUGUACAAGUACUAUAAAAAGACAAAAGAAGGCAAAGCUGGUCGACGUCAAGAUGGUAAAAACUAUAGAUUUUUCCGGCAGCUUGAAGCCAUCUACGGCGAAUCCAAAGACUCAGUUUCUUGCUAUGACAACUCGCAGUUCAUAAUGACUAAUGCUCUCCAUAGUUUUCACGCUCCGAACAUUCACCACAACGCUGUCAGUCAUAUUCAUCAGAAUCCCUUGAGCAAUAAUACUCAAAGCCUUAGCAUUUCUAACAAUUUGAACUCAUCCUCCGAGUUGGAUAUAAGUUCCUCCUCCGAAGGAAACGUAUCUACUAGAAGCGAGGGGAUGAACUGGAAGGCAAAGAUCAAGGAAUUCAUUGGUAUUCAUAUUGAGAGGCUAAUAGAGAAGCAAGAUUUUUGGCUUGAGAAGUUGGUGAAGACUGUGGAAGACAAAGAGCAUCAAAGGAUGGUUAAGGAAGAGGAAUGGAAAAGGGUUGAAGCAGCAAGAAUCGAAAAAGAACGUUCGUUGUGGACAAAGGAAAGGGAGAGGAUGGAAGCUCGGGAUGUUGCGGUGAUUGAGGCCUUGCAGUACCUUACGGGGAAGGCAUUGAUAAGGCCGAACUCUUCAUCCCCUACAGAGAGGAUCAAUGGGAACAUAAGCGACCAAACGAUGGCUGAUGAAGAAAAUAAGAGCAAGAUGGAGAAAAAAAUAAUGAGCAAGAAAAGGAAAGAGAAGUGGUCAAGCCACGGUGGGAAUCAACUGAGAAUCAAAGAGAAUACGAUGAUGAUAUAUGACAAUCAAGAAGACCCGAGCUGCGAUGUUGAGCAAGGCCAUCAUGAAGGCUAUUCACCUUCAAACUCCAAGGAAGGAAACCCGAGCUGCGGCAUUGCUAUGGCGGCUAGUACAAACUGCUUUCCAAUGCUCGUUGGAGAUGGAGAUCAAAACUCGUGGGAGGGUUAUGGUUUGAAGCUAAGGAAAGAAGAUAAUCAUCAGUAAGCUAACUUUUGCCAUUCUCAAAAUGAAGAAUAAAGGCUACUUAGGGAAGAUGAACAGCCCUAGUUAACCGCAAUGUGGAAUUAAUAACAAGUGAAGUUAGUAUAACCAAUUAUUU